AUGUCUUGGUCCGGACUCCCCGCCGAGAUUCGGAUCCUGAUCUGGGAACUCGCAUUUCCAGCUUUACCUCGCACUUUCACCAUUGCAACAAACAAGAUGAAGCGUGGCAAGAAUAAGAUCCCAGUUGAUUUGCAUGUUAACUAUGAGUCCAGAUACCUUGCCAAAAAUAAAUACAAGCUUCUUUUCGAUGGAACUAACCUUGUUGGUUCUGAAAAUUGCCAGUUCUUGUGUUUCAACCCAAAGGUCGAUACCUUUUUCCUUAGUAAUUACACGGAUCUUGUAUUGUGGAAGAUCGGCUAA